AUGAGUACUUUGUCACAUCCCAACUCUGGCUCAGCACGGAAACAGGAGCGUACUCCGCUACUCAACGGCCAUUUGGCAGCCUCGGCAGCCCGAUACGAUUCUUUGGCAGACAGCUCUGCUGCUGAUAACCCCAAUCGCUUGAUCACCAAAGGCACUGGCCGGCCUUCAACACAGACGAGGGUAGGUCAGAGCUCGUCUGAGCUCAUCGUCAGAGUGCAAGCCGUAUGCCCAAACAUCCACUGCCCGUCCUGCAUCUCUCAUCUCUCAGAGCUCGUAUCGACACUUGUCCUCGACCCGUCUUGUCAUGCUCGAAUCGCCAACGUGAACACAUCUUUCAUUGAUCGCAGCGUCAAUUUGGACCUCCUGACCUCGCCCGUCGCCGCAUCAUCCACAUCAAUAGGCGGUCAGAACCCGAAACGAGCCGCCUCGAAGCUGCUCACUCGCCUCUUGAAGGAACUCGCAUCCCUCCUUGCUGAAGAUGGCUUCCCAGUCGACCACUUGCGAUCUAAGCUCGUCUCAUCUACUCAGGCCGCUCGUAGCUACAAAGAUGCUUUCAAUCUGGUUAUGGACAACGCUGACCUCUAUGACACAGAUUCCACGACUGAGCUUGCACACAGCUUGCCGAGUGACACCCGUCCCAGUACAAGUGACGGUGCAUUCAAGUCGAGCUCUGUGCUCGGAACCUUUCCUGCUUCGCUUGGCUCGACACUUCGAUCCGCGUGGUCACACUCUACAAGAUCUCAACAUGACUCGGCGCGCGUGUCGCAGGAUCGCUGGCGCAAACAUCUUGAGAUCUGCGAGGCGUGUCGGGACGGUGUCGCAGGUGAUGUUCAUAGGCAUGCCCCGCUUUUUCAGGGAAACAGCGCAGGUCUUAGACAAUAUCGCACAAGCGACGAUACCAAGCAUGAUCCUAGCGAUGAUGCCAACCGAAGAGUAUUGGCGACCCUAUCGGUUGCGGGCAUGACCUGCUCAUCCUGUGCACAAUCCAUCACCAAGGCGGUCCAAUCCGACACUUCAAUAAUAAUCGACUCGAUCGGCGUCAACGUCAUGUCCGCCUCAGCUACGGUGAUCACACAUCCAUCAGCGGUGUCAAAGGUCGCUGAGACCAUCGAUGAUGCGGGCUUUGAAGCACAAGUCAUCAAAGUCGAGCCAGUCCCCCAACCUCGGCGUCAACACGAUGCUGGUGAUGCCUCGAAGUGGACCGCUAAGCUGUCAGUCCAGGGCAUGACUUGUGCCAGCUGCGUACAGAGCAUCAUAUCCACUCUCGACGCAUUCUCUCAGGAGACCAACCCAAAGAAUGCAGUCAAGAUCGUCAAAUCCUCGAUCAACCUAAUGGGCAAGUCGGCCGAAGUCAAGCUCUCGGUAGACCCGAUGCAAAUGGUUGGAAGAGCCGAGGUGGAGAACAGGCUCAAAGGGAUCACAGGCGAGAUCGAAGACAUCGGCUUUGAUGCCGAACUGCUUACCUUGCAGCAGAACCAGAGCAAAACCGCCGCCUCAAGCGACACAGAGGAUGGAUCGCUACAAAGGUCGGUUCGUAUCAGAGUGGAUGGCAUGUUCUGCCGGAACUGUGUUGCAAAGGUGCGCGAGUACUUUGUCAGAAAGCAGAACGAAUGUGCAUCCGACAUCGAUGUCAACAGCGAUGACCUUGAAGAAUUCACUCUCUCCAAACCCUUGCUCAGCUUCAGCUACACGUCAGGGCCCGACUCCGGCAUCCGUUUGCGGGAUGUACUUGCCAACGUUAAUCAGCUCGACCCCACCUUCACAGCUCACUAUGCUCCACCUGCUUCUCUCGCCUCUCGCUCUGCCGUUCUGGCACGCAAAGAGCUUCGCGAUCUCUUGCUGCGCCUCACUACUGCAGCCCUGUUCGCUCUCCCUUCCCUCAUAAUCUCCAUGAUUGCGCCCAUACUAUCGCCAAGCCAUCCACUGCGUCGCUAUCUGUCGGGGUACGUAGUCGGAUCUGUGACAAAGGGCCAAGUGGCCAUGUGGCUGAUCUCUACCUCCGUGCAGUUCGGUGUCGGCUCGAUCUUCUUCAAGAAGGCAUGGCGCAGCUUGUCGUCUGUCUGGAAGAAAGGCCGUUCAUGGUCUGAUCGACUGCUGCACUUUGGCAACAUGGACGUUCUUGUCGCACUUGGAACCCUGGUGGCCUACACCUCAUCGCUAGCUUUCCUCACUCUCGAUGCUUUCCGUGAUCCCAACGGUCGUUCCAUGCAGAGCGAGAUGGGGAUGACUUACUUCGAAGUCUCUGUCUUUCUCGUCUUUUUCAUCCUCCUCGGUCGCGCACUUGAGUUCACCAGCAAGAAGAAGACAGGCGACGCCGUGGCUGAUCUGGGCAAGAUGAAGCCGUCCUCCGCCUAUCUCGUGCUCGAUCCGUGCAAUCCUGCUCAAAGCAAGACUGAGGUCGUCGAUGUAGACAUGCUCGAGAUCGGCGAUAUCGUGCUGGUACCAUACGGAUCUUCUCCACCUUUGGACGGCACUUCCGCUGGCACUUCGAUGGGCAAAGAAGACGCUGAAGGUCUCUUCGACGAAAGUAGUCUGUCGGGCGAAGCCCGACCCGUCACUAAGAAAGUUGACGACCUCGUCUUUGCAGGGACGAUCAACGUCUCACCCACUGCUGUCUUCACUCGCGUCGGUGCCCUUCCAGGCUCCUGCAUGAUCGAUGAGAUCCUCGACGUCGUUCAAGAAUCGGCAGGGAAGAAAGCCAGCAUUGCCCAGCUUGCGGAUACGAUCACGGGCGUCUUCGUGCCUGUGAUCGUCUACAUUUCUCUGCUGGUCUUCGUCCUUUGGACGCUGCUGCUUUACUCAGAUGCGCUGUCAGAAGCAUGGCAAGCGAGUCAUGUGCCUCAUUACGGCGAGCCUGGGGAUAAAUUCUUGUGGGCGCUGCAAUUCGGUAUCUCGUGCUUGCUUGUCGCAUGCCCAUGUGGUAUUGGUCUGGCUGCACCGACCUCACAGUUGGCUGGAAUCGGGCUUGCUUCGAAGCACGGCAUAUUGGUUAAUGGCGGAGGCGAAGCGUUCCGAGCGGCAAGUGCAGCAGCUAGCGGCAGCGCAGAUCUCGUCGUUGUAUUCGACAAGACCGGGACUAUCACGAAGGGCGAGGCUGUCAAAGUCACUUCGCAUCGCUUUGCUCCCGCAUUUGACGAGUCAUCUAGCUCUGAAAGGAAUGAGAGGGUGCUGGAUCAGGACACGCUACUACGAUGUGUCAACCUUGUCGAGCAAUCUAGUACCCACCCUUACGCAAAAGCACUGCGUGGCUUCACUGCUGAACAUCUCGGCCAAUCCGAUCCCGCUGGCAAUACUUUCUCAUCGCUACCGAAGCUCGUCGAAGUUAGCGAGGUGGCCGGCAAAGGUGUUCGAGCGACAUUCGAGUCUGUCAGCAAGGAUUCCUUCCUCCUACUGAUCGGGAACAAGCGACUGAUGGAAGAGAUGGACGGUGCGUACUCUCGGAUGGACCGCUCGAUCAAGCAAGCCGAGCAAGAAUGGUGGAAUGCAGCCAACAGCGUCAUCUACGUCGGCAUCCAAUCCUCCACUUUCCCCGAGGGCAAAAUCAGCGUCGCCAUGGCGAUCAGCGACGUCAUCCGACCCGAAGCCUCCUGGGUGAUCCAGCACCUCAAGCAACGCUUCAACGCCGAGAUAUGGGUGGUGAGCGGCGACAACGAAGCCACAGCCCGCGGAGUUGCUUCUCAAGUCGGCAUCCCUCCCUCACAAGUCAUUGCUGGCGUCCUACCUGUGCAGAAGAAAGAAUGGGUGGAAAGACUGCAACUGCCUCCCUCCGAACGCGAGAUCGAACACCCUUCAUCCUCCAAACAUCGCCCCUUCCUCCAAUCCUGGUUCUCACUGAACCAAUCUUCACCCUCUCAGCGUUUAGUCUGCUUCGUAGGUGACGGCAUCAACGAUUCCCCCGCACUCACCUCCGCAUCACUCGGCAUAGCUCUCGGAUCGGGCAGUUCCAUCGCUCACUCGUCAUCCGAUUUCAUCCUUCUUCGACGCCACUCACCCCUCCUCUCUCUACCUCUGCUUCUUACACUCUCCCAAGCAACCUAUCGCAAGAUCUGGAGCAACUUCGCGUGGGCUUUCAUCUUCAACCUCUGUCUCAUCCCUGUUGCAGCAGGUGCACUGGUCGGGGUGGGGGUGGAAGUCGGACCGGUGCUAAGUGGGUUAGCGAUGGCUUUUAGCUCGACUAGCGUCGUCUUGAAUAGUUUGACUUUGCGCUGGUGGAGGCCGGAAAGGGACGUGAGGAGGAUGAUUGAGAUCAGUGACGAGGAGGAUUAG